AUGCCACGUCAGCUCACGCCCGAGCAGGUGCUGACGCCCGUACCGUCUGACAUUGCCAUCAGCGACGCCAUUGCGCCUGUACCCAUCAUGGAAAUCGCCCAGGCAGCUGGAAUCCUGAUAAACGAAGUCAUACCGUACGGAUGGACCAAGACCAAGAUCUCACUGGAUGUACGUGAACGUCUCAAGGACCAAUUGAACGGCAACUACGUUGUCGUGACGGGGAUCACUCCGACCCCGUUGGGCGAGGGCAAGAGCACUACUACAAUCGGACUAUGUCAAGCGCUGGGUGCCCAUCUUGACAAGAAGGCGUUUGCUUGCAUCCGUCAGCCUUCGCAAGGUCCGACGUUUGGUGUCAAAGGUGGUGCUGCUGGUGGAGGCUAUGCGCAGGUGAUUCCCAUGGACGAAUUCAAUCUUCACUUGACGGGAGACAUCCACGCUAUCACUGCCGCCAACAACCUGCUCGCUGCUGCUAUCGACACGAGGAUGUUCCACGAAAAGGCUCAGUCCGACAAGGCGAUGUACCGUCGUUUGUGCCCGACCGCCAAGGAUGGAAGUCGCAGCUUUUCGCCUGUCAUGCUGAGACGUCUGCAGAAACUAGGAAUUACCAAGUUGUCUCCUGAUGACCUCACGGACGAAGAGAUCCGCAAUUUUGUGCGUCUAGACAUCGAUCCUGACACGAUCACGUGGCAACGCGUGUUGGAUACAUGUGAUCGUUUUCUCCGUCAGGUGAUCGUGGGAGCUGGGCCUGCUGAAAAAGGCCAAACUCGCACGACGGGCUUUGACAUCACGGUAGCCAGCGAGAUUAUGGCCAUUCUUGCUCUCACUUCGAGCUUGCAAGAUAUGCGCGAACGCCUUGGACGCAUUGUGGUUGGCAUGAGUCGCAGUGGCGAGCCUGUGACGGCUGACGACCUAGGUGUUGGCGGUGCUCUAGCAGUGCUUAUGAAGGACGCGAUUCUGCCCACUCUCAUGCAAACGGUGGAAGGAACGCCCGUGUUCGUUCAUGCUGGGCCGUUUGCGAACAUCGCUCAUGGCAACUCGUCCAUCAUUGCUGAUCAAAUAGCACUAAAACUAGCUGGCGAGGACGGCUUCGUCAUCACUGAGUGUGGCUUUGGUGCUGACAUUGGAAUGGAGAAAUUCUUCAACAUCAAGUGCCGCACCAGUGGACUGACACCGCAGUGCGUGGUGCUCGUCUCCACGAUCCGUGCACUUAAAAUGCACGGUGGUGGUCCUGACGUGGUUGCUGGCCGACCGCUCGAUCCCGUGUACACCGUCGAGAACCUGGAAAUGCUGGACCGUGGUUGUGCUAACAUGCAGCACCAUAUUCGCAACGCAUUGAAGUUCGGUGUGUCCGUCGUUGUAGCCGUGAACGUGUUUGCCACGGACUCGCCUCGAGAGAUAGAGCUCGUGAAGCAGAAGGCACUGGAGGCUGGUGCCACUGCAGCAGUCGGAAGUACCCACUGGUCCGACGGAGGCAGGGGUGCAAAGCAUUUGGGUCGCGCUGUCGUUACUGCGUGCGAGAAGAUGCGAGCACGCGGUAGUCCAUUCAAGUUCCUUUACCCGUUGGAACUUACGAUUGAAGAGAAGUUCAAAGUCAUCUGCAAAGAAAUCUACGGUGCCGAUGGUGUCGAGUUCAGCGAGGAAGCAAAGAAGAAACUGGUGGUCUACUCGAAACGAGGGUAUGGCAAGCUCCCCGUGUGCUGUGCAAAAACACACUUGAGUUUAAGCACGGACCCCGCCAAGAAAGGCGUGCCCACAGGCUUCUCGGUCACUGUUCGCGACAUCCGUGCCUCGGUCGGCGCUGGCUUCGUCUACCUGCUGUGCGGUGACAUGACGACAGUGCCUGGUCUCCCUACACGCCCUGGCUUCUACGACGUUGAUCUGGACACGAAGACAGGCAAGGUUGUUGGUCUGUUUUGA